AUGUUGCUAUUUUUUCUCCAGCGUUGUUUGACCUUUAUGGACAGAGGAUUUGUUUUUAACUUGAUAAAUGAUUACAUUUCUGGAUUCAGCCCAAAAGACCCUAAGCUGCUGGUUGAGUACAAGUUUGAAUUUCUUCAAACCAUUUGCAAUCAUGAACACUACAUACCUCUGAACUUACCAAUGAACUUUUCCAAACCCAAGCUUCAAAGAGUUCAAGAUGUAAAUCUUGAAUACAGUUUAACUGACGAGUAUUGCAGGCAUCAUUUCCUGGUGGGGAUGCUUCUCAGAGAAGCUUCUGUUGCCUUGCAGGACAACUAUGAUAUCAGAUAUACGGCCAUCUCAGUCUUAAAAAAUCUCUUGAUAAAGCAUGCCUUCGACAACAGAUACCAGCACAAGAACCAGCAGGCAAAAAUCGCCCAGCUCUACCUGCCGCUGUUUGGGCUGCUCCUGGAGAACCUCCAGCGCGUGGCCAGCCGUGAGGCGCUCUACUCCUGCGCGGCUGCCUCCAGCCCUGCAUCCAGGGAGGAAUUCAUGUGCAGUUUUGCAUCCCCCUCAAAUAGAUCCAGCCUGAUUGCAGACAAAGAUGCAGCCUGCGGAGCAGCACUUCCCAAUGGCCAUACAAUAAAACGAGAAGACUCAAAGGGAUCCCUGAACUCAGAGGGGGCAACCAGUUCCCCAGAUCAGAGUGAAAAUAUCCGCAGAAGCUCCACGAGGAGCAGCGUGUCGCACUGCAGCCGCCUGGACCAGUUUGAGAUCCGGACACUCCUGAUGUGCUACCUCUAUAUCGUGAAGAUGAUCUCUGAAGAUACUCUUUUAGCUUACUGGAACAAAUUCUCCCCUCAGGAGCUGAUCAAUGUCCUUGUGCUUCUGGAGGUGUGUUUAUUUCACUUCAGAUAUGUGGGGAAGAGAAAUAUUGCCAGGGUGAACGACGCUUGGUUAUCCAAACACACCGGAGCUGAUAGGAAAUCCCAGACGAUGCCAGCACUCCGCAGCAGAGCUGGGGGGAUGCAGGUGCGGCUCCAGCAUCUGGGCAGCUUGGAGACCUCCUUCACGCUCAACCACAAUGCAGGCACCUCAGAAGCAGAUAUUGUGCACCAGGCGUUACUGGAGGGCAAUAUUGCCACCGAAGUGUGCCUGACAGUCCUGGACACCAUCUCUUUUUUCACUCAGAGCUUCAAGACCCAGCUUUUAAGCAACGAUGGCCACAAUCCCCUCAUGAAGAAGGUUUUUGAUAUUCAUCUUGCUUUUCUCAAAAACGGACAGUCGGAAGCAGCUCUUAAGCAUGUGUUUGCCUCUCUGAGAGCUUUCAUUAGCAAGUUUCCCUCAGCGUUUUUCAAGGGAAGGGUGAACAUGUGCGCUGCCCUCUGCUAUGAGAUCCUGAAGUGCUGCACUUCCAAGGUGUCCUCCACAAGGAACGAAGCGUCCGCUCUUCUCUAUCUCCUGAUGAGAAAUAACUUUGAGUUCACCAAAAGGAGAACGUUUCUGAGAACGCAUCUUCAGAUAAUAAUUGCAGUGAGCCAGUUAAUAGCAGAUGUGGCACUCAGCGGUGGAACGAGGUUUCAGGACUCCUUGCUCAUCAUUAACAAUUUUGCAAACAGUGACAGGCCUAUGAAGGCAACUGCUUUUCCUUCCGAAGUCAAAGAUUUGACAAAGAGAAUCCGUACAGUGCUUAUGGCUACUGCUCAAAUGAAAGAGCAUGAAAAGGAUCCUGAAAUGUUGAUAGAUCUACAAUACAGUUUAGCCAAAUCUUAUGCAAGUACCCCAGAGCUGCGGAAAACAUGGCUGGACAGUAUGGCAAAGAUACAUGUGAAAAAUGGAGACUUUUCAGAGGCAGCCAUGUGUUACGUUCAUGUAGCAGCCCUCGUUGCAGAGUUUCUGCACAGGAAAAAACUCUUCCCCAGUGGAUGCACUGCCUUCAGGAAAAUCACUCCCAACAUUGAUGAAGAAGGUGCAAUGAAAGAAGACGGUGGGAUGAUGGAUAUACAUUACAGUGAGGAAGUCCUAGUGGAACUGCUGGAGCAAUGUGUAGAUGGCCUGUGGAAAGCAGAGCGUUAUGAAACAAUUUCUGAAGUUUCUAAACUGAUCAUUCCUAUUUAUGAAAAGCGGCGUGAAUUUGAGAAACUCACUCAGCUGUACAGAACACUUCAUGGAGCAUAUGCAAAGAUAUUGGAAGUGAUGCACACAAGGAAGAGGCUUCUUGGAACCUUUUUCAGAGUGGCCUUUUAUGGACAAACAUUCUUUGAAGAAGAAGAUGGGAAGGAAUACAUCUAUAAGGAACCCAAGCUGACAGGCCUCUCGGAGAUCUCCUUCAGACUUGUUAAACUUUAUGGAGAAAAAUUUGGGUCGGAGACUGUAAAAAUUAUCCAGGAUUCUAACAAGGUCAACGUUAAAGACCUUGAUCCUAAGUAUGCCCAUAUUCAAGUGACUUACGUGAAGCCGUAUUUUGAAGACAAAGAAAUCUCUGAAAGGAAGACUGAAUUUGAAAGAAAUCAUAACAUCAAUAGAUUUGUAUUUGAAACUCCUUACACUUUAUCUGGAAAAAAGCAUGGCAGUGUGGAAGAACAGUGUAAAAAAAGGACCAUUCUAACUACUUUGAACUCCUUUCCAUAUGUAAAGAAGAGAAUUCCAGUCAAUUACGAACAUCAGGUUAAUUUAAAACCAAUUGAUGUCGCUACUGAUGAAAUAAAAGACAAGACAGCAGAGCUGCAGAAACUCUGCUCUGCUGGUGAUGUUGACAUGAUCCAGCUGCAACUCAAAUUGCAAGGCUGUGUUUCUGUGCAGGUUAAUGCUGGUCCCUUGGCCUAUGCCAGAGCUUUCCUAAGUGACAGCCAGUCCAGCAAAUAUCCUACUAAGAAGGUGAAUGAGUUAAAAGAAAUGUUCAGGAAGUUUAUACAAGCCUGUGGAAUUGCUCUGGAGCUCAACGAGCGACUCAUUAAGGAGGAUCAAGUGGAGUACCAUGAGGGGCUAAAAUCAAACUUUCGGGAUAUGGUGAAAGAGCUUUCUGACAUCAUCCAUGAGCAGAUCUACCCUGAAGACACGAUACAUUCACCGUGGAUGCACGACUCCCUCCAUGUCUUUUGUGCAAUCAGCGGAACAUCCAGUGAUGGCAGUUACUGUUCUCUCAGACCCUCUGCUGAAAUAUAAACAUAUCAGAUUUUACAGAGCUUUCUCAGGAAUACUUGGAACUGUACGAAGGAUGUUUUAAAAAAUCCAUGAUGAGCAAGAUUCAAUUUUUUUUCUCCCAAAAAGUUGCCAUGCUUUCAAACAGGGUGCUUAUUUGCUUAUUUUGCUGAGCAACAUUGAAAGUGCCUGGACAUUGCACCACUGUGCUUGUUUUCUAUGUUUUUUUUUAAGCUAAAGGUAUAACAGGAUGUGGGAAGGCAGUUACCUAAGUAUGUAUUGAAUUGCUGAACUAUGAAUGGAAAUGAUAAC